AUGGAGACACGGACAAGAGCACGGCCAACACUAGAGCCAGUGCAAACUAAACUAUUGCACCAUGGAUCGCCUGGCUCGCCACGUCGUCGUCCCUCUAUUUUCGAGCCAGCACUGAGGUCCCAUUGUCUCCCAAGUCCUCUCCAUUCGAGCACGCCAGGGCUGGACCAAGGAAUGAGGCGGCACGAGCGAGCAAUGCUGGACAGUCUCGAUCAGCGGCGACCUUCUCAGGCUCGUAAAGACUCUGCUCACUUGCUGCCCCCAAUUCCCGAGCAAAGUCCACCAUCACGAGAACGCCCGUAUGAUGCCUACUCACCUCCUCCUACCUUGGCAGCUCGGACUCGCAAUCACCUCCUGUACGGACUUUCCGAUUCCCACCUUUCACCUACUAGCACUCAUGCGGGUAUAGGGCGCCGCCAGUCGAUGCCCACGGGUGUGCCAUCAGCGUUACCCACAUCGAUACCUUCGGCAGCCUUACCAUCACCCGUACGGGUCGUGCAUCAGCAACUUGGCAUAGGCCGACAGAAGGCUCAGGAGCUUCAUGGAAGGCAUAUCUUUCAAGGAUGUUUUGUGAAAGCAGUCGAUCUCCGGAAAUUUAGCGAGAGCUCAGCAAGUGGCGAUAAUACAGCUCCCCAAGAGGUGGUGAUGGAUGAUAUGGGUCAGAAACUCAGAUAUGCUGCGAGAGCAUGGUCACCUGGAAAACCUGAAGGUCGUCAUUUUAUCAAGUACUUUUCCCAGGCAGAACUGAGAAAGGCCAUACCAAAAGACGCCCCGGAGCCAUUGGUCGUACCCAGGCAUGCAACAGAUCACCCAAGUCCGAGGAGAGCUUCUCUAAGUACCUCUCAGAAGCGCCGUUUGGAUAAGGAACAUCGUCGAUCGUCCGCCCCGAUGCAAUCAGCAGACCCGUGGAGCGAAAUGACACUACCAAUUCACUAUCAUCUAGCACGAUAUUUCUUCCCGCUUGUUGCUGUAUAUCUGCAGAGUGGGAAUGUCGAACCUGAGGACAUCUUGGAACUGCCGAUGCCUCACCCGAAGGCGUGGUAUCAAACCUUCCGCUACGCUUGUACUGAGCAGGGAGAGUUAACGGAUGCCAUCAGGGAGAACAUCAAACACUUGGGAGGGAGAGUGUGAAUGGAGAGGGAACUGUCUCAUUGUGCAUACCAGAAAUAGCUGUCUAACGAGUGUUGGGCCGUGAAAUAGUCUAGGACAAAAGGAAAGCGGCUUACAGUCGAAGCAUCAAUGU